GCGUAAGGAAGAUGAUAGCGAUAUUAAUGACUCAUUCAUUCAGUAUACUAUACCGUACCACAUAAAUUAUGGCAGACCCAAAAUAUGCAAAAUUGCCAGGAAUUGACUUGAAUUCCCCAGAUGUGUAUGAGACCAGUGACCUGCCAGAGUCGGAACAGAGUAUUGCUCCCAGUCAGGAGGAAGUUCCCAAUGAUGCCAUAGAUAAAAUACAACUGGAUACUGAGACAGCGUAUAAACAGUUUAAAGGCAAGGGAGUGGAGGGAAAGAAUAUUGAUUUCUCUGACAAGAUUAGUGAGUCACGGAGAACUGGUUAUGAGGCCCAAGUGGAAUAUGAACUGCUAGGGGAAGGUACGGGUAAAGUAGAAUCUCCACAGCAGAAAUACAUGAGGCUUCAACAUGAGAUACGUGAACUUAGUGAGGAAGUCAGCAAGAUAAAGGACAAUAUCAAGUCCGAAGCGACAGAGGAAAAAUUAUCCCCAGUAUCUAUGGGGAAACAAUUAGAAUAUUUACAACAUCAGUUAACAGACCUUCAUCUGGAGAAAGUCCUCGGACCAGAAGCCUCUGUUGAUCUCUCUGAUCCCCAGGGGGCGCUGCAAAAGAGACUGUUAACACAACUAGAAUCAUUUAAACCUAGCCAGAAACCAGCCUCUAAAGCUGGUAAGGAGAGUGGAGCCGGUGAAGAUCAUGUGACCUAUGAACUUUUCUACCGCCCUGAACAGGCACAGUUCAGUAGAAAUGCAAAGCUAGCAAGUUUGGAAGAGCGUUUAGAAAGAUUAGAGGCUGCAAUGGGAAACACUAGUUCUGAUAAGCUGGGUUUACUCACAGCAGAUACAGAUAAUAAAAGUCUAGUGGGAGCUGUGGCUGUAGUGAACUCCAAGAUGUCUCUGUUAGAUCCAACCAAUGUAGAACAGGUGGAGGUGAGGUUACACAGUGUGUUACAGAAACUUGAUAAAAUUGCUGAGAAGAAAAACACGCAAGAAGAUGGCGAGAAACAGAACAAAAUAUCUGAGCUAUACAGUAUGGUUAAAAAAUGGGAGGCCACUGCUGAUGUCCUACCUAAGGUUGUUGAUAGGUUGUCUGCCUUGAAAGAUUUACAUGAACAAGCCCUACAGUUUAGUCAAGCCCUGGCAUAUUUAGACACGACACAGGAAGAAAUUAACACUAGUCUUAAAUCACAUGGUGAUAUGUUAAAACAAAUGGAGGGAACAAUGAAUGAAAAUAUUUCAACUAUAAAGAAUAAUUGUGAAAGUUUAGAUGAAAGGAUGAAGAAUUUAAAGUGAAAAUAAUUUAUAAUUUUAUUUUUCCGACUGUAACUUAUAUAUAAGCAAUUCUCAUUGUCAGAGAUUCAGAAAAUUAUUUAUGUUCAUAGAGGGGAAAAAAGGUGUGAAAAAAAGAAGGAAAAAUCAUGUGACGAUAAAAACGUUUUUCUUUAUGAUAACUCGUACACUCCACUCAUUAUUAAAAGAUAACUCUCACAUCUCUUCAUUCACUGAAAAAAAAAGCGUGUUCAGAAUUUACGAUAAAGUAAUUAAAUUUGGACUUUUUCAGAGAAUAUGAAGUUAACAUUUUUUUCAUGACAAAGGAAAGUGUACUCGCAAAAUUUUAAUAUACAGGUUUAUAUUUGAACAAUUAUAGUAAGACUUGUUUUAAAUUUU